AUGGCAGACCUGCCCACUGACAGACUCACACCCGAGCCUCCAUUCACUCAUGUGGGCCUGGAUGUCUUUGGGCCCUGGGCCAUCAUGACACGGAGGACAAUUUUCACCUGCAUGGCCACCAGAGCUGUCCACUUGGAGCUGCUUGAAUCCAUGACAACUGACAGCUUCAUAAACGCUCUAAGAAGAUUUUUUGCAGUACGUGGGCCGGCCAGGCUUCUUCGUUCUGACAGAGGCACUAAUUUUGUUGGAGCCUGUAAAGAGCUGGGCAUUAACAUGGAGGACUCAACCAUAACUGCCUACCUGCAAAGCAAGGGGUGCUCUUGGGUUUUCAACCCACCACAUGCAUCACAUAUGGGGGGUGCAUGGGAAAGGCUUAUUGGCAUUGCAAGGCGCAUCUUAGAGGCGAUGCUGCUUCAGACUGGACACACUCGCCUUACACACGAGGUCUUAAGUACUCUCAUGGCUGAAGUGAUGGCUAUCAUAAAUGCCAGACCCCUGGUGGCCGUGUCCUCUGACCCUGAUAUGCCAACUGUCCUCACGCCUGCGCUGUUGCUUACCCAGAAGAUAAGCACCGUCUCAGCACCUUCAGGAAACUUCCAAAUGGCCGAGCUACAUGGAAAGCAGUGGAAGCAUCUACAAUGCCUAGCAAAUACAUUUUGGAAGAGAUGGAGAAGGGACUACUUGUCCACGUUGCAAGGUCGCCGAAAGUGGACUGAUGAUCGGCCGAAUGUCAAGCCCGGUGAUGUCGUCCUGUUAAAAGACAGCCAGGCCCAGAGGAAUGAAUGGCCUGUGGGAGUGAUUGUGAACACCCUGCCAAGCAGUGACAAGAGGAUCCGUAAAGUGGAGGUCAAAAUAGUAAAAGAUGGGACUGUUAGGGUGCUUCUGAGGCCAAUCUCAGAAUUAGUUGUUCUUCUCUCUGAGUAAAGUGAAAAAAAAAGAUGUUUGUUAAUAGAGUUUAAAUGCAAGUUCUGUUUAAUUAAGUAAUUUUGUAGUGGCAUAAUAAUAUUAUACCAAGCU